UUUUGUGGGGAAGCUAAUGAGCGCCAGUUAAAGGUAGGCCAAUCUUUGCACACUUAUCGUAUUACGUAAACUAGGGAUGAGUGGAGAACACUGAUAUGGAAACACCAUCAUCUUUUAAUUUACAAUUAUGACCAACAUUAAGAAUUCGCAAAAACAAUGCUAAAUUUUUGUAUAAUGCCCAAAAAAAAAAGAGUCUAUAAGCAUAGCUGGCACUUCUCAAAGUUCAGCCUAAUGUGAGGUAAAAUUAAAACCCGCAGUAUUUUUGUAUAUUGCCGUUGGCUUUUUUUAGAUUAUUUUAAGUAUUCUGCGCGGGCUUUACAUUAAGAAGUUCUUGCAAAAGAUGUUCACGAGUUCGAAUUAUGUUGCCGUUUUGUUUAGAUGGAUAUAGAGCAGAACCCAACAAUUUCUACCUAGAAGAAUGAACCACACCCCACUCUACAUGGGAUUCCGUGCGUGGAAAACGAACAUCGUGCCGCAGAGUUUGGUCCGUGCGUGGAAAACGAACAUCGUGCCGCAGAGUUUGGUCGAGAGGGCCGUUUGGUGAACUUAAAUCCAGUCCUCAUUCUUGAAUUUUUACUUCCGUGUCAGUGGAUCCUGCUUAUUCACUUCCGCUACGGUCCGAAUACUUGUUCACAUUACACCAAAGUGUGGCACAGCACUCAUCUGAUGUGUGACGGUCCACUCUCAACAUCGGAGAAGUGCAGCUUCCAUCCGUUACAGAAAUCGUGCGGCGAAAAAGCUAUUCGGUAUAGACUACAGUGGUGGACAACACCGUGA